GAAGAAGGGAACGCAUUUCACGAGCCUAGAUUUGGUUGUUGGAGUCCCCGUAAACACGAUGGGAUGAUGAUGCUUUUGCGCCUUGCUAACCCUGAACAAACUCGACAUCGAUUUCUGCGUCCCGUACGGCAGCAGCAGGUCGGAAUUUGCGAACGGGAUGAAAUCAAUUGUGGGUAGUUCAAGAAGAAUUUUCUCGUGGCUCGGUUUUAGUGUGAAGAGAACGAGGAGGCUUUUCGUUUGGAUGGAAGAGAUCCAUUUUUCGAAAGGGUGUCGAUCGACAGCGCUGGGCGAAGUUUCGAGUUUAGAGUUUAGAGUUCCGAGGAAGACAGGGCUCUGCGGUGACGACGUGAUGUCGAUCACGGAGGACGAUGGACGUAUUGUGAACGGGAGAACCGGAGAAAAGGAAGGGUACUUUUUGUUUGCUGGAAACUGAGGAAACGUCAAAAUAGAAGACAGGUCAAGAAGAGCUCAUGCUUCGGCUUCGAGACUUCGAUGAGGGAAAAGGAGUUCGAUAGACAGAUCGAGAGCAUGCAACUGCGUUUAGGGCUAGGUAGGCGAUUGUAGUUGUAACAUGGCCGGAACUGCCGUAGAGUUUGCCAUAAGUCUAUUCUGACGCCUCUUCCAAAAUAUGAUGAACCGAGGUCAUCGGAUCAUCAUGAAGACAAACCUCCUAUCUGGCCUUCUUUCUACUCGCAAGUGUUGCAAGUUGCGAACGGGAUACAUCGCACAUCAUGAAAAAUCCUCAUCUCGGCAACUUACACAAGACUCAAAGCGGUGGUUGGCAAGAGAUAGCGCAAAUUUUGAAAAAGAUCUGGAACAAAGGAGAACGAAUGACUUCAUUUUCUUUUCCUUCUUCUUCUCUUUGGAAAUGUGGGCAGACACCCAUAUUUCCAAAGAGGUCAAUAUUCGUUAAGACCAGGAUAAAAGAUAUCUCCGUUGCACAUACGAAGAUCUCGAUACUUUGUUAAUUGAAUAUGUUUCCACUUGGUAAAAAUCCCCC